CGAAUAAUUGGGCGUUAGUCACACCACUCGAGAUAAUCCAAUCCAGCACCGGUAAAACCCCAAUCUCCGCCGCGGAGAAAUGCCAGUUUUCAAGACGCCGUUCAACGGCUACUCCGUCAAAUUCAGCCCGUUCUACGAGAACCAGGUCGCCGUCGCCACCGCGCAGAAUUUCGGCAUACUCGGCAACGGCCGUGUCCACGUCCUCCAGCUCGGCCCCACAAUCACCGAGCGCGCCGCCUUCGACACAGCCGACGGAGUCUACGACGUCUGCUGGUCGGAAUCGCACGACUCGCUUAUCGUCGCCGCCGUCGCCGAUGGAUCGCUGAAGAUCUACGACCUCUCGCUGCCGGCGGCGGCCAAUCCGAUCCGAUCGCUCCACGAGCACGCUCGCGAGUGCCACGGCGUCGAUUUCAACACCGUCAGGAAGGAUUCAUUUCUGAGCGCGUCGUGGGAUGAUACCGUGAAAUUGUGGACCGUGGAUCGGCCGGCGAGCGUGAGGACUUUCAAGGAGCACGCUUAUUGCGUGUACGCCGCCGCGUGGAACCCUCGGCACGCCGAUGUAUUCGCUUCCGCUUCCGGUGAUUGCACCGCUCGCAUUUGGGAUGUGCGAGAACCAGGCUCUACAAUGAUUCUUCCUGCUCACGAAUUUGAAAUCCUGGCGUGUGAUUGGAAUAAAUACGAUGACUGCAUCAUUGCAACUGCGUCGGUGGAUAAAUCGAUUAAAGUUUGGGAUGUGAGGAACUAUAGAGUGCCUCUAGCUGUGCUAAACGGGCAUGGUUACGCAGUGAGGAAGGUGAAGUUCUCUCCCCACAGGGCGAGCAUGAUAGCGUCUUGUUCGUAUGACAUGAGCGUGUGCCUAUGGGAUUAUAUGGUCGAGGAUGCACUCAUUGGGAGGUACGAUCACCACACAGAGUUUGCAGUUGGUGUUGAUAUGAGCGUGCUUGUUGAGGGGCUCUUGGCGAGCACUGGCUGGGACGAGCUUGUAUACGUUUGGCAACAUGGAACGGACCCUAGGGCGCCAUAAUACAGGGUGUGCUUUUCUUGUUCUUCCUUCCAUCUCUCGGUGUAUAAAGAAACAGAUUGCAGGGUCUCCUCUUCAUUGUUGUACUUGUUCUUAGCCUUUUACGUUUACACAUCAUACGAUGAAAUGCAGUGUGAUGGUUGAGAACAGAACGAUAAAUUCGAUUCUUGAAUAAUGUAGCGGACCCAACAUGCUCAUAUGUAUGGAAUUCCAGUCAUACUUGAAGGAAAUAUGUUACCUUUCACAGUUUUUUGUUGAA